AGCUUUCUAACGGUUAACGGCUUUCUGCAAAAGUUAUACAACUUUAAUGCAGGUUAUUUCAUAAAAGUAAACCAAAUAAUGCAUUACUGCGGAUUAAUUGUAUUAUUUCUGGCUGGCUACUGCCUGGCCGAGGAACUCCUCGAGCUGAGCUGCACCUCCGAUGUGCAGUGUCAUCAGUUUGAACGUGGACGAUGUCUCAAUUCGACCUGCCACUGCACAGCACGUGACUCGGGCGAGCGCGUGGACUGCCGGCCCAUGGAGCAGAAGAUGACCAACAUCAUUGGUGGCCACUGUCCCUGCCUUCAGCCCCAUGCCGAAUGCAACAAAAAGCUUGAUCAGUGCACCUGCUCCUCCGGUUUCCUGCCGAGUGAGGACAAGCGGCGCUGCGUCGCUCAGAUGGUGCCCCUGGACGAGCGCUGCGAGUUCCAUCGCCAGUGCCAGUUGUCGGACAAAUUCAGUUCUUGCCACUCAUCGCAAAAUCACUGCCUCUGCCGAACGAACUUUGAGUCCCACCAGGGACGCUGUCUGGCCGUCCUGGAGUCCAACUGCGUGAACGACACCGAUUGCGGCAUCUGCGGUGCCUCCCUCUGCCUGCCGAAGCUCAAGAAGUGCGGCUGUGCCGUCAACUAUGUCCACAACCGCAACAUGACCAAGUGCAUCACUGGAUCGGACUACGGCGAUGACUGUGAAAGCAGCACUGCCUGCCAGGCAAGCCUUGGUGCCGGUGGCCAGUGCCAGGAUCAUCGUUGCACCUGUCGCUCCACCCAUUAUCCCCGGAUGGUGGCCAACACCUUGCCAAAGGAGGAGGAAACUGUGGAUACGCACCAGCUGAAGCGGAUUAGCUGCGAGCCCAUUGUGCCCUUUGGUGCCUACUGUCGCAUCGACAGCGACUGCCAAAUGCAUCCUCUGAUGGCGGAAGAUGCCGACGAAUCGUUGCCGCCGUCCGCCAUGGAGUGCCAGUGGGGCGAGUGCCGAUGCACUGCCCACCACAGUGUGCGGGACAAUCAAUGUGUGCGGGAGAGUGGAGGCAGCACCUCGAUCCCAAGCACCCUCUGGGUUGGACUUUUGGUUCAUAUUUCAUUGAUUCUUUAUUAGCAUAUAGAAAAAACUGUUCAACUUAUGAAUACAAUCGUUUAUGCCGAUC